AUGCCACACCUAGGCGAGAACGGCGAACCCGAUGGGCAUCGCCUCGGCCGUACGUCUCGUGACUAUACUAUCCUCGACUCGAAGUGGUGCUCGUGUCACCGUAAGACAGAUAUUACUGCUCUGUCUGUUACCAUUACGGUGGCCGUUGUCGUUGAUAGCGUGGUCCGUGAUACCUUCUACGAACGGUAG